GAUGCCACUGGAUUGGUAAUCAGAAACUGGACUGUCGCCCCAACUAAAACUGCAGCCUGAUCUUUCGUCAAAAUCUGGAAAGAAUAUGAGGAAGAAGCUUGAUGCUCGACAAAAUUUUCCCGAAAUAUUUUUCGUCAAGAUGGCCGCCGCGAUGAUGCAAAGAACAUAUUGUGUUUUGCGAUCUUUUCGCUCGCCUGGAAAGGUUUUGGCUUGUCGCGGCAAGGUGAAAUCGGCAAGAAAGACCGUUCAGGUUACCGAAGGCCCCAGAGAUUAUGUGUACUUCUUGCACAAUCAUGUUGUGCCUUUGUAUUCGUUUGAAGAAGCGAUUGAUAAGUUGAAAACGCACUCUGUUGCGGAGGGGAAAAACCCGGAACAAACUGUUACGAUGUGUGUGAAAUGCCAAGGAUUGGAUAAAGAAAUCCCUUCUUUCCGUGGGACGCUUUUGUUACCCAGACCAUUUGGCAUAACAAAGAAGGUCCUGGUUUUUGCUGAGGGCGAUGAAGCGAAGGCCGCAGCAGAUGCUGGUGCAGAGAUUGUAGGUGGAGAGGAGCUGUUCCCCCAGGUGGAAAACAAUGAACUGGAGUUUGAUCAUUGUUUGGCAUCAUUGGAUAUGGCAGAAAAAAUCAAACAUUUGCAGAAAGUAUUAAGAGAAAAGAUGCCUCACACUAGACGAGGUAGUGUGACCGAUGACUUGGCAAAUGCAAUUCAGGCAUUCAAAGAUACCCGGGUGUACAAAACAGACAAAUAUGGAUAUGUAAACACAGCUAUAGGCAUGCUUAGUUUUUCAUUGGAAGAUCUUCAUUUGAAUGCUGCCGUAGUCAUUGAUGCUGUCCUGAAAAACCGCAGAACUAACAAAGGAGAGUUUAUCCGAAAGAUUAGUGUGACUUCAACCCAGGGACCUGGAUUUAGACUUUAUCACGAGAAACUUGUUCCGUCUUCGAAAAUGCGGUCCAAACAUUGAUUGUUACAAAUGUGAUUGAAUGAAUAUAUUUAUAUGUAUGAAAUCCAUAAUCUUACAUAAUUGAAACCGUUUUUACA